GUCCAUCCCCCCACAAGCCUACUUGAACACCACUCACACACACACAGACCACAGACACAAAAAAGAUUUACCAUAUACAAAUUUUUUUACCAAUUUUUGUCCAACGUUAAAGACAGCCAAAAAGCUUUUUUUUUCUUUUGUUGGUAAAUUGUAUUUAAAGAUUCAAUUGUUGUUUCUUUUCAUAUCUAAGUUGUAAGAUAUUCCAAGAAAACACUAAUAGGAUUUCCUGUGUUUUCUCCUGUUGUAUCCCUUUUGUUUUAUUUUAUUUUUUGUUUUAUUGAUAUAUUGUUUUUCUGUGCGCGUCGUUCGCCCAAAAUGUGUUAAAUAUUGUAAUACGUGAAUGGUAUUGCUAACUAUCGUUGGUUUUUAUUGAUUAUUAUUUUUGUGUGUGUUAUGUUUUGUUAAAAAAUCGCCUUAUAGGUCCGUCGUCUUUUUUUGUUUAUAAAAAAGGAUUUUUCGUUGUUUAUCUUUCCAAUAUGUUUUCCUAAAAAAUUGUUUGAUUAAGGUUACUGUCCUUUCUCGAUUUGGUCCCUCCCUUUUUAUAGGUUUGUUUUUCUAGGAAUCGGCUUUUUAUCCCGUUUUCUUUUUUGUCCCCCAUCUUUUUUUUUUUUAAUUUCCCAGAUAUUUUGUGGUUUGAUUCCCAUUUUCCAAGAUGUCUCGGUGCUUUUUUACCUCUUUUGAUUAAAUCUGUGCUUUCUGUUUUUUUUUCUUACAUCCAAAACAAAAAGUAGUUUGUUGGUUUAUUUUCCAUCUGAUCUAUUACCCCUCGAAAAAUCGUUCUAUAUUCCCCCUUAUCAUCAUUUAAACACCCUUGUGUUUUAUUAUUUUCUGUCGAGUUUUUGUUCUUUUUUAAUUUUGAAUUAAUUAUGAAUUAUCGUUCUCAACAAUCUCAGUUUCCCUUUGGUCAAUCGCUUCCUACCUCGUUGGCUGAAGGGGUCCCCGAGGGCUCCAUGCCCCCCGUCGAUUAUCCUUCAUUAUUUCCCUCUUCGCAUCUUUCUGAUGAAGCGCUUUUUCCCUUUGCUUCUCAGAAAAAAUCUCAUCAUUCCGAACAUGAAAACAGUGACUUUCAUUUUGAUCCCGAAUUAAUGUUUAAUCUUCUAUCGGACCCUUCGUCCUCUCUCGCUUCUGUAAAAAGCAAUAUUCCCCCCAAAUCUGCUUCGACUGCGAUUCCCUCAACCAAACCUGCUUCGCUUCCGGUUUGGGCUUCAUAUCCCAGUCUUUCAAGCGCUCCUAUGCAACCACCUGCUCCUGGAAAGCCCCGUAAAAGUGCUUCCUUCUAUGAUUCUCCAUCUUGGAGCGGAAAUCUUGGUAUAGGUUCUCACAUUGACAAUGAGACUUUCUCUGUCCAAAACAGUAUACUGUCGGAGCCUACACCUCCGUUCACGUUUGCUCCUACACCGAGCUCAGCUUUCUUAGAAACACCAUUGCAUGGAUCUUCGGAUCUCGAUUUUAGUUUGGGUGAUAAUCAAACGCCUCUAUUUCCCGCCGCUGAUGGUGAUUGUCAAAGAGCUUUCAGUUCCAUUUCUUAUCUGAAUGGCAACGAUUGCAAAAUGACAAAUGCAGGCUUCCGACCUCCCCAGAACAAAAGACCUGCAUACGAUUCUCCUCAUGAUGUAUCUGACUAUUAUACACGCCGCAAUGAAUGCAAUGCUGGUCCUGAAUACUCUACGUCAGUGUCUUCUAUGGAACCAUACUUUUCCUACGAGGCUUUUGGUAGUGAGGUUUCGCAAAACGGUGCCCCUAAUACACCGAACUCUUUUUCUCAUGACGGCUUUGGUGGAAGUCCUUCCUUAUGUUCACCAAGAAAGUCUGCUUUGACAGCCGGACUUGCCUCUUCAGCUCCGACUAGAGCUCAUAUACCUACUGCCAAACUAGCUCGUGUCGUCAAACCAAAAAGAGUUCGUGAGCAUGUGUGUUUUAACUGUGGAGCUACCCAAACACCCUUAUGGCGUAGAACCGCUGAUAAACAUCAUUAUCUGUGUAAUGCAUGUGGUUUGUACACGAAGCAGUAUGGAGUGAUGAGACCCCUGACUCCCAAAAAUAAAAGCAGUCAGAAAGGUCCUGAAAACCUAAUUUGUGCGAAUUGCAAUGCUACAAAGACAUCCUUGUGGCGUAAGAACCGCGUAGGACAAACUGUCUGUAAUGCUUGUGGUUUGUAUGCUCGUCUCCAUGGCCAUGACCGACCUUUAGGCCUGAAGAAAAAUAAGUUAAUCCGUCGUCGUCGUGGAAGGUUGUGUGAUGAAAGUCCCACUUCAGACUCUGUAAAGUCGGAUGAUUCUCCUGAGCUUUCUCAGUCAAUAUCGUCUUCCGAGUUGCAUGAGUCAAAAUUUUUGAACGAACCGAUGUCGUUGUUCUCUGAAAAUAUGAUGGAAAGUAUGCUAUUGCCUGUGAAGGCGGAGCCAGAUACACCAUUUUCCGCUUCCUUGUAAUGACCUUUGUUCUUUCCUUUCUAAAGAUGUGGUGCCUGGAAUUUUUGGUGUUUAUUGCGUUUUAUGGGAUAUCCUCUACUAGAAUUCGGAAAACUUUUUGUAUGCAUAAGAGGAUUAGCUGUUUUUAAGGCAGCUGUGAGUUUGCAGAAUCCUCUACUGAAUCGCUCUUAUUCAACCUAAGGGCUUUGGUUAUAUAUAUUUAUAUUGUGAUUUAUUUAAUUAGUAGUACAUCUAAUUUGCUUUUAAGAUACUGCAUACAAGACAAAAGAGUAUCCUAUAUAUUCUUGUAGUAUGCACCUGAAAGCUCAAAAAAAAUGUUUAGGUUGCUAUUGGUUGGUUUAUUUUUUUGUCAUCUAAAAGUUCCUUUAUUCUUUGUUUUUUUUUAGUUAAUUAAUGUUUUCCGAAUGUUCAAAUUCGAAGCAUCUCUAAACGUAGGAAAGGUAGUGUGAAUGUAAGGCAUACGAGUAUGUUAAACAAGUGGAUGAAAGAACACUCAACUGUUUAGCAGAGUUUUAUAGCAAUGGA